UCAACAAAAAAUUAAGAAUUUUGCCGAUCCAACCUUCCUCUCAGAUCUUCUCUAAAUCAAACUGUCAUGGGCAUGUGACACCAAACUCGGCGAGUGGAGACCUGUCUUCCUUUCCCCCUAUAUAUAUAUUAUAAAAAUAAACCCAUUCUCAUCCAACACUAUCUCGGGCUCUCGUCCAAUCCAUUCCCCUUCUCCAAAAUGUCUCAACCUACCCUUUCCUUUCUACUCCUCUCCAUCCUUUCCAUAGCUGCCGGCAUGGCAGAGUCUGCCGCUGCCAACCGUUCCAGUUCAAUCCAAUACAUAAAGAGCUCAUGUAGCAUCACACGCUACCCAACCCUUUGUGUGCAGACCCUCUCUCCCUAUGCCAACAAAAUCCAGCGAAACAACCCUCAGCAAUUGGCACAAGCAGCUCUCUCAGUGAGCCUUUCCAAGUCCCGAUCAGCAUCAGCAUAUGUGUCUAAGAUGACUCGAUUGAAGACUUUGAAGACCAGAGAGUAUGAAGCCCUGAAGGACUGUGUAGACAACAUGAAGGACAGUGUGGAUCGGCUUAGUGGGUCUAUUAAGGAGAUGGGGCAGACGAGUAAAUCAACUGGUCAGAGUGAAUUUUCUUGGCAUAUGAGCAAUGUUCAGACUUGGGUUAGUGCUGCACUCACUGAUGAUAACACUUGUGUUGAUGGGUUCUCUGGGCAUUCCUUGGAUGGGAAUGUUAAGACUGCUAUUAAGGGUACAAUCACUACUGUUGCCCAAGUCACCAGCAAUGCUUUGGCCUUGAUUAAUCGUUAUGCUUCCAGUCACUGAGAUAGAUACUGAGAAGAAGCCUUAUUAGCUUGAUCUUGGUUUUGGUUUUAUUUUUUGGGGUUUAUUCAUUGAUGUUUGGUUUGGAUUAAUGAUAAGAGAUAUCUCUUAAAGGUGAUCUGUAGAAGUGUAUAUGCUUAAGGGUUAAAUAGUACUGUAACCCCCUUUUUCACUUGAAAUUUGGAUUUGAAGCUCUCUAUUAUAAAUUUUCAAUUUUCA